AUGAAGUGUGAUUCAGAGGCCAGCGGCAUCUGUGACGCCGGGGACCUUGUUAGAAAUGCAGGAUCUUGGCCCCAGCUCGGAGUGCAGAAUCGGACCCUGCAUUUCGACAACAUCCUCGGAGCAUCCCUUGCUGGCUACCUCCUCUCCAGAGCUUACCAGCGCCUCUGGGACUCCUCCCACCUCAUCUUGCAAGAGCUGUUGGGCCAAAAGCAGCCCCUGCUGGAACCCAUGCCCCACCGGGAGCGGCAGUCCUUCCAGUACAGGCUCUCCUCGCUCUACCUGUACUACCUGGGGCUGCUGUGCUGGUUCAACACCCUCUAUGACCAGAUGGUGCAGCGACGGCUGCUGGACGGCAUGGCGGGCCGCGUGCUGGAGCUCAAAGACGAUCUGGUUCGCGUGGACCUGUGCGAGACCCACUGCCUGGACCAAGCGCUGCAGGACUUAAAGCUCACCCCGGCAGACCUGGAGGUUCCAAUUCCCAAAUACUUCCAGCUGGAGCGGUCCAGCGUCCUGAGGGAGCGAGAGCAUAUGCUGGCAGAGCUCCUGUCCAGACGAGAGCCAGUGUUCGCCGAGGAGAGCUUUCCAAUAUUACCCCAGACGGAGGCCAUAAUCCUACUGCAAAGGGCCGAGCGGGCCAGGCAAGGCAGGCUUCGAGCCACCUUCAUGUGAGAGAUUCGGAAAAAGGAGGAGGGAGAUUGAACGAUUCGGGAGGAAGGGCGGCCCAGGUUCAGUCAGGACGAAGCAGCGAUCAUCAUACAGAAGCCCAUGUAUCCCUGGGUGUGGAAAGAUUACCAGCAGAGGAAACGCACUCAGCAGGACCGGCGGACGGAGAUGGAGUUCGUCGGCAUGCUCCCCUCGUCCAGCCAGGCGGAGCAGUCGGACGUCAUGUCCCAGGCCAGCCUCAGGGGGGAUGUCCGGAGACUCCUCCAGACGGAGAAGGAGUUCCAGUCGGCCGUGGUGAAGACCCACGAUGCCCUCAGGGAGACGGAGGGGCCCGACAUGAAAGAGAAAAUGAAGGGGCAAAUCCGAGUGCCAUCAGCCUCAGCUGACCCAACCCUGAGCCCUUCUUUCCCUCCUCAUCCCAGUGUUGAACCCCACUUCUGUUUUGUCCUUUGGUCCAGAUUGGAUUCUCUUCACCAUCCCCCCCCACGCCCCGACACGCUGCUGACACACUUGAUGGCAGAGAAAAUUGCCUUUACUGGCCGAUUCCCUGAUUAUCCACAUGAGUCUUUAGGCGGAUCCUACCUGAUCUUUGCAGACAAGACUCCAGAACAGUUGAAAAUGGAACUGGAGGUGCAGGUCCAGGAGAGCAAAAAAAAAGGACAAAAAAAAAGUAAGGGAAAAGAAAAGGAGAAAAAAGAGAAAAAGAAGAAGAAAAGGAAGGGAGAAAUGACCAGGAAGCGGGAAGCAGAUACGAUGCUGAGAGUACUGCCUUCCAAAUCCAUCCCUGUGAUUAAUGCCGGACACGAGGAGUACACAGAUCUGUGGAAGAACCGGUUUGAUAGCCUACCGCAGAGUUUUGACUGUGAGAUCCUCCAGGUAGAGAAGAGGAAGGAAGUGGAGCAAGAGACCAGCCUCCAGGUAAAUGAGCUGAUGCAUCAGGAGCUGAAGAGCCUGCGGCUGGCCGCGGUCAGGGAGGAGGGGAGAUCUUCGAAGUCUCCGAAGGCAAGAUGAGGGAAAAAGGUGGGCAUGAAACCUGAGAAGAGGAAGAAAGAAAAAGAUCUGACCCCAGACAGAAGCACAAAAAAGUGCUUUGAAAAACUCAUCAUCUUUGGCCUUCUACAGAAGUGCGAGACACCGGCUUUGAAAGACUACCCAGGUGACUGCCUCUGUCUUGGAUCGACUCUGAAUUUGGCAAACAAGCUGCCUAUGCCUUCCCUGUUUGACAUACGACAGAACGUGGCCUUGUAUGGGGUUCUGCAGCUUGGCUCCCCAGACAUACACUCCAUGGCCCCCCUCAUCUGCUCCAUCCUCCUGGUGGGCCCCUCGGGCAUGGGGAAGAAGACGCUGGUCAAGGCCGUGUGCACGGAAACCAGUGCCAGCCUUUUCGACCUGUCACCUGGCAACCUGCAGGGCAAAUGUCCCGGCAAGACCGGGGUGCAGACGUGGGUGCAUAUCGUCGUUAAGUUGGCUCGGUACCUACAGCUCUGGAUUGGGAAUGCGGAGAAGAAUUUCUAUAAGCGAGUCCCAAAAAAAGACAAGGAGAUGGACCCCAAGCGAAUACAGAAGGACCUCACCAAGGCCCUGCGACUGCUGAAUCCUGGAGACCGCGCGAAGCUGAUCGGGACCACUGACCGGCCGCAGGCGCCUGAGAUGAAGGGGCUGUGCCGCACCUACGAGCGGAUCCUCCUGCCGCGGCCCGAUUACGCUUCUCGCUGUGUGCUCUGGAAGCAUAUGAUAGAGGCCCAGGGGGUCCAGGUGACCCAGAGCCUGGACAUCAGUGCCCUGGCCAAGGUGGCCGAUGGCUACACACCUGGCUGCGUUCUCCAAGCCAUCCAAGCAGUGCUGACGGAACGGCGGCUCCUGCAAUUGUCCAAGCGGCCCCUGGUGGCCUCAGAGAUCCUGCGGCACCUGGCGAAGCUGGACCCGGUGUACAGGGAGGAGGAGGAGUCCCUGGAGGACUGGUACUUCAAGACCCCGCUGGGCGAGAAGAGGAUGAAACUCAUCAAGGACCAAGACGCCGCCGAGGAAGCCAAGCUGGCAAAGGAGGAGAAGAAAAGGAAGUGA